UGCGCAUACCUGCAUGGUGUGCAACGGAUGAAAUUUACGACUAUUGUAAACAAAACUCUUUUAAGCAAAAUAAAUAAUGAGUAGAAUAGGAUAGUGAGUUAGCAAGCAGGGUAGCAAGGGCGGAGCGUCGUCGUCGUCGUGCGCUGUGCAACUGUGACUCAUGUCAAUCAGCCUUACUACCGAAAGCGUCGACUUUUGCAAGCGCCCUAGUUUCCUUAUAUGGUUCGUAUUUUAAAGUAAUUCUGAAGGAGUGGGCACGCAUUGCUGCGCCGAGCGUCCGCCGAGCUGCUCCAUCAUGUUCAUGUACGAGCCCCCUACUAAACUCAAUCUCACUUCUGUGGAAGAAUUCCAGGAAGCAUUCCAGCUGUUUGACUCGCGUGGCGAUGGCAAGAUCCACGUCGCACAGAUCGGCGACGCGCUGCGGGCGCUAGGGCAGAAUCCCACCGAGUCGGAUGUCAAGAAGUGCACCCUGCACCUCAAACCCGAUGAGAGAAUAUCUUUUGAGGUCUUCUUGCCUAUUUAUCAAGCAAUAUCAAAAGCACGCAGUGGAGACACAGCCAAUGACUUCAUUGAGGGCUUGCGCCACUUUGACAAGGACGGCAAUGGCUUCAUAUCAUCAGCAGAGCUACGCCACCUGCUGUCCACACUGGGGGAGAAGCUGAGCGAUGAUGAGGUGGAGCAGCUGCUGCAGGGUCAGGAGGACUCGCAGGGCAACGUCAACUACGAGAACUUCGUGCACCUCGUGAUGCAGGGCUAGGCCCCCCCGCCCCCCUCCCCCCCGCCUACACACACUAUUUCUAUUCAAUUCCAUCAUCUCUAAAUAUUCCAAAAUAUGUUUAUAGACUUUUAUAUUUUAACGUAG